AUGGAAAACAACUUGGGUUCAACCACAGUUGCCUACACUCUAACUGAAGACCAGUCAAAAAAUAGGCCACCCUUCUUCAACGGAAAGAACUAUGCCUACCGAAAAGAGAGGAUGAAGAUCUUCAUCCAAUCCAUUGAUUACAACAUUUGGAAGAAUGUUGUGAGUGGUCCCAAGAUUCCAACAAAAACAAGUACUGAUGGAAUGGUGACUCCAAAAGAAGAAGUUGAGUGGAAUGAAGACGAUAAGAAGACGAUGGAGUUGAAUGCUAAAGCCAUCAACCUUCUUCACUGUGCUAUUAACUUUGAAGAGUAUCGAAAGGAGGCUGGACAUUUCAAACUAAACUGUCCGAAGCUCAAGAAGGAGGACAAAGGGAAGAAAGAAAAGAAGAGAGUGCUCAUGGCAGCUUGGGAGGAUCUCGAGAAUGACUCCAAUGAGGAAGAAGAUUCUGAAGGUGAAGAUAAAAUUUGCUUCAUGGCUGAUAAUUUGGAGAAAUUUGAUCCAAAGGCGUAUGAGUGCUUAUUUAUAGGAUAUUCCACAACUAGUAAAGCUUAUAGAGUUUAUCAUCAAGAUGCUAAGAUUAUUGAGGAAUCCAUACAUGUUACAUUUUAUGAUACUAACUUGGUGCAAAUUGUUUUGGAAGAUUGUAAUGCAGGGAAUCAAGCUCAAAAGGACGAUGAGACUGCACAAAAUCAUGAAAAUGAAAUUUCUGAACAAGCUGAACCAGAAACUGCAGCUGCUGAAAAUUUAAGAGACAAUUCCAUUUUGUCUCAUGAAUCUGAAGGAGAUCCUGAAACCAGCAAUACCCAGAAUCCCUUGGUAAUUGAAUCUGCCUCCAAGUCCACCAGACCUCGUGAAUGGAGAUUCUUGAAGAAUUAUCCUGAGGAAUUUGUCAUUGGGGAUGUCUCUCAUGGGGUUAAAACUCGGUCUUCAACUAGAAAGGCAAAUGAAGGAACAAACAUUACCCUUCUCUCACAAAUGAAGCCUCAAAAUGUCAAGGAAUCCUUUGAUGACCCUUCUUGGGUAAAGGCGAUGGAAGAUGAGCUUCUUGAAUGUGAGAAGAAUCAAGUGUGGAUAUUGGUUCCAAGGCCAAAUGGAAAGAAAGUGACCGGCACCAAGUGGAUAUUUCGGAACAAACUAGGAGAGGAUGUUAGCAUUGCAAGAAACAAAGCAAGAUACUCUUAUCUAAAAGGAGGUGGUUCAGUGAAACAGCAAAAAAAGGGACCCACUCAUUCUGAAAGGGUGUUUCUUGAUGAUGAUGAUGAUGAUGAUGAUGAUGAUGACGACUAUGAACCAGAAGACUCUCCUCCACCUUCUACCAAGGGUACCUCAGCAUCCACUGUUCAUAAAUAUUCUCUAUAUAGGGUUGUUAAGGAUGUAAUGCAGGAAUUUGUUUCUCAAUCAAACCAUAUGAUUGCUAUGAGUAAAGAGCAAAGGAAACUAGUCACCAAAUAUGAGAACUUCCUCAAAAAAUCAAGAGACAGAGUGGUUGUUUUCAUUAAAUUCAUUGCCAAUCUCCAAGAGGAUGACAAUGCUGCCACUGAUCCUGAAGAAGAUGCUGGUUCUGAUGAGAAUGGUUCGGAUGCCAUUAUUGUUGUUUUCUUUUGA